CCUGCACUAAAGCAGAUGCCGGCACACAGCUGACGACACACGCCGCGAGGCACAGUAAGCAGAGUGGUUGGUGUGUGGAAUAACGCUACUGUCUUUGACUGUUCCUGGUGAAUCAUUGCUCCAAUGGCAAACUAUAAAGCUUUAGAUAGCUCAAUUCAAAAAAUUCUGAAAGAAAGUAUUUCUUUAGAUGAACAGCAGAAGAAACAAUAUAAUGCAAAGUUACAAGAGCUUUUUGAUAUAUUGGAAACAGAAAUGAAGAAACAAGAAGACUUCAAAGCAGUUUUUCGACAAAAACAGUAUGUAGGAAGCUACUUCGAGAAUCUGAAAAUUGAAGAGCCCGAUGAAUUUGAUGUUGAUUUUGAACUAGUCAUUCCUUCAUAUGUUGGUGAGUUAAAGGUCUGUGCUAGCCCACAUCCUGGUUUCUGCCAGCUAAAGCUGAAUCCGCCUCCUGCAGCAUCAAGUAGUGGGAAUGAUACAGUCAAAACAAAAGUGAAGAAGUGGUUUGAUGAAAAAGGCUUUAUGUUAAGGUCGAAAGUUCAUCAGUGGAUGCAAGGUGUUGUCGAUAAUGCAUUAAGGGAAUACAGAAGCAGUGACAUGAAAAAAACAUUUAAGAUUGCCAGAUCUUAUUCAGGGCCAGCUAUUACCCUCAAUGUAGAACAUGCUACACAACCAGAGAUGAAGUUUUCAAUUGACCUUGUUCCUGUCUUUGUUUUCCAAGACUGGCCAACUACAGUCCAUAAACUGCACAAAUAUAAAAAGACAAUGGGUGAUGAUAAGAGAUGGUACGCAGUGCCAAAAUCAAAAGAAUCUGAAAGGGAUUUUCGAUUGUCAUUUUGGCAUCAAGAGAAACACUUGCUUUCUGGAAAAAACCAGUUGAAACCUGUAUUAAAAUUAAUGAAGAAACUAAGAGAUGUCCAAAAUUGGAAAGGAAUUGCAAGCUACUACUUAAAGACACUCUUUUUAUGGAAAAAUGACACUGAUUAUAAUUGGUCCAAAAGUAUGGGUGAGCUUUUUAUUGAGAUGCUGGGAGAGCUGAAAGAGUGUUUACUGGUUAAAAAAGCCCUUCCAUUUUACUGGGUCAGUGAAUGUAAUCUGUUUUCACAAUUAAAAGAUGAACAAAAAAAGUGCAUGGGAGGAUUUCUGCAGAGGAUGAUUGCAGAUAUUGAAAAAAAUUUGGAUAAACCUGACUACUUGCUGAAGUAUUUUAAACUAAGCAACGGUAACAGUUCUGCCAGUGGAGUGUCACACGCACUUGCCUCACUUACUCUGCGGAACUGAUUAAGUGCUAAGUAAUGUGUAUUCUACAUACAAUGACUCAUUUCUGGAAUUAUCAUCAAAAAUUCUGUAAGCGUGUGUGAACAACUGAAAAUGUGUUAUGUCAGUAAUUUUAUACUGCACUGAAGAAGUUCAUGAAAAAUUGUUAUGCAUACUGAAAAUCUUCACAUAGUACUAUAUCUAUGACGCAACCUAGGUGCCUUACCAAAUAAAGGAAAAGACAGCUACUGGCUGA